AUGCCCUCUGCCUCUUACUGUAUCAAAGAAUUCGAACACGCAAAACACAUCCCACCUGAUCCCGAUCUCGUAAAUGCGAAUACUAGCUUGGCUGUGCUCCAUGAACUUGCGUGGAAGAAACAAGAUGAAAGCGCACUGUUUCACAAGGAAACCGUUCGACGCGACGAACUUAGGAUGAAGAAUGUCCAAGUUCGCGAGUAUAUGACUGUGCUCAAAUGGGAACCCAAUACAGCUUUCCUCAAGAUGAAUGAAGUAAAGGGGAUCCUAAUCAGGGAUGCAUAUUGUCGGAUGAUACAGACAGUCGAGUCCAUUUUGUGGCCAAAGCCAGAGGCGAAUGAGUCGUCAGAAGAGGCGAUGGAUAUUGACUUGGAUCCACAGUAUAAUCCCUUCAAGGCCGAUCUCCGACCAUCAGAAGACGUGGCCUGUGUAGUAGUAUCUGGUGGACCUGGUAUUGGAAAAACUUUAUUCAUUGUCCACGUUCUUACAUUGUGCCUCCUUGCUCGUCGACCUGUCGUAUGGCAGGACGCACCGAAUGAGGUACUCGUGUUUGUUGAUGAAGGGGUUUACUCAGCUACGUUGAGCGGGGCCCUGUCAAAUUACAUUCCCAAUGGUGCUCUCUACCUAUCCGAUUGCGCUCCAGAUGUCCCAACUCCGAACCACGGCUUAGUGAAGAGUUUAGUCACAUUGAAGGGGGCCAGACUCUUGCAUUUUGCAUUCCCCCGCCAGCAAAACAUUGCAGGCUUCAACAAGUUUCCAUUUGAUCAUACAAUAGUGUAUAUGGAGCAGUGCACUCCAGAAGAUCUCGUCUGUUGCCGACAUCUCUGGUACAAUCAAAUCUCGGAACGAGAGAUCGAGGAGUUUAUUAAGCUCUAUGGUCUAUCAUGCCGUAAUACACAAAGGUACGCAAGAAAAUUGGUAAAGUUCGACGGGAUGAUUAGGAACAAGAUCACUCGCCUCAACGAAGCGGCGCUAUUUGACGCCAUUCCUCGAACAACUAGUGUCUUAGCAACAUCGGAAGAGGAGGCACGCGCCUUGCAUAAUAUAUUCUGCAUCCAACCACAGCCUACGAAUGUAGAGGAUUGCUCAAUAACGAUACAAACAAGACAUAUCUAUGAAAUGAUCCUUCAGCAUUUCCAGAAAUGCGAGCAGCAAUCCGCCGUUAAACUAUUCAAGAUAUUUUGUGUAAACUAUAAGUCAAAAGGUUGUGCCGGCUUCCUUCUUGAGGACUGGGUCAUUGGCAGACUUCCGAAAGGCGGUGAAUGGUGCUUGCAUGCUAUGGAGGUUGUGUCAGGAUCAAAGGCUGAGAAACGCUUGCGUUGGCGUGAUGUUACAAAUGGCAAUACCCAUUAUUUGCGCGUGGGACAUUGUGGUACAGCAACUGUGACAGACAGACGUGUCAAUGCUGAGCACUUUGACACUAUCCGUACGUUCGAUUAUGGAAUCAGAGGUACCGAUAAGGUGGAAGCACUACCGGAGACGGAUGGGAUUGGCUUACUAGUGAAGGAGAAUCAGCCGACCUACGAUUUAUUCUUUUGGAUUCCUCGGGAGAAGCGAGCAAUUAUGGUCCAAGUGACCGUAUCUUCGAGUCACAAUAUUGCUGGGAAGGGUUUGGAACAGCUGAAGAAAGCUGGCGCGGAGCAUCUUGAUCUUAUUGUGGUAACACCUGAACUGAAGGGGCGUACAAAGAAAGAUACUGUAGAGGUUUAUACAGAGAAGGCCAACAAGGGCAUGCUAGAACACAUUUAUCACCUUACUGUAUUUGAAACAGACAUGGAAAUGAUGGAAUAG